GCGUCUCAGAUUCGGGUCAUGCUUGACUCUCCCGUUGGAUCUCUGACAUAGAGAUUGGUCCAGGCUUCAGUCACCCCAGGGGCUGUGCGAGGUUUCCAAGGAGAAAUCCAGAACAGUAGAAGUCGCCCUACCUGGAUUCCAGGAAUUCCUUCUCCCCGCCUUCUGCCCACGUGACUCUGACGUCACAAGGAAAUCCCGUCCUGCUUUUGGUCUACCUGCUUGAAUCUUCCCCAAAGUUGGACUGGAGUCCUGCGCUGCUGAACAUUCCCUUAGAGUCUCCUUAGAGGAAAUGCUGUCCUUCUGGGAUGUGGCCAUUGAUUUCUCCCCAGAAGAGAGGGAAUGGCUGGAUCCUGCUCAGUGGAAUCUGUACAGGGACGUGAUGCUGGAGAAUUACAGCAACCUUGUGUUCCUAGGUCUUGCUGUCUCUAAGCCACAGCUGGUGACAUUUCUGGAGCAAAGACAAGGGUCUACCCAUGGGAAGAGACAAGCAAGAAAAACAGUGUCCCCAGGAAUAACAGCCAGUGAUCCUAACCAUUACAGCAAGCCCACUAAUUGUAAAUCAGUUCUUACUAAAGGACAAAGAAUUAAUACAGGGGAGAAACCCUACAAGUGUGAAGAAUGUGGUAAGCCCCUUCGUUCUCUCUUAACACUUUCUAUACACCAGAGACUUCAUACUGGAGACAAACCCUUCAAGUGUAAAGACUGUCAUAAGGCCUUUAGUACUCGCUCAUCACUUUUUAUACACACGAAAAACCAUUCUGAUGAAAAAAACUUCAAGUGUGAAGAAUGUGGCAGAUUAUUUUACUAUCCUUCAAUGCUGAAGCAACAUCAGAGAAUUCAUUCCAGAGAUAAACACGACAAGUGUGAAGACUGUGGAAAUGUUUAUGAUCUUUCAUCCCUUAAGCAGCAUCAAGGAAUCCAUUGUGGGAAGGUGCGCUAUGAGUGUGAGGACUGCCACAAAGCCUUUUGGUAUCACUCAGCCCUUAGGACACACAAGACAGUCCACACUGGAGAGAAACAUUACAAAUGUGAAGAGUGUGGCAGAUGUUUUAGGGUAGCUACAUCCCUUAGUCGACAUAAAAAAAUCCAUUCUGAGGACAACCAAUACAAGUGUGUAGCGUGUGGCAGAUGUUUUAGCUCAUCUUUAUCCCUUACAAGACAUCAGACCAUGCAUUCCAAAAGUGAUCCCUACAACUGUAAAGACUGUGGCAGGUCUUUUUCAAAUUCUUUGAAACUUAGACGACAUCAAGUGUUGAUCCAUUCUGAAUAUAGUCCCCACAAGUGUCAAAUAUGUGACAAAAGGUUUUCCCGUCCUGCAAGUCUUAGGAAUCAUCAAAAAAUUCAUACUGGAGAGAGACCCUACAAGUGUGAAGGAUGUCAUCAAGCCUUUAAAUGUCAUUCAACCCUCUUGAGACACAAGAACAUUCAUAUAAAAGAGAAAUCCUACCAAUGCGAAGAUGUGGUAUGAUGGUUUGUAUAUGCUUGGCCUGGGCAGUGGCACUAUUAGGAGGUGUGGCCUUGUUGGAGUAGGUGUGUCAGUGUGGGCGUGGGCUUUAAUACCCUUGUCCUAGCUGCCCGGAAGGCAGUCUUCUAACAGCCUUCAGAUGAAGAUGUAGAACUCUCAGCAUUUCCUGCACCGUGCCUGCUUGGAUGCUGCCAUGCUCCUGCCUUGAUGAUAAUGGACUAAAUCUUUGAAUCUGUAACGAAGCCCCGAUGAAAUGUUGUCCUUGUAAGAGUUGCUUUGGUCAUAGUGUCUGUUCACAGCAGUAAACCCCUAAGACAUGUGGGAAGUGUGAUAAAGCCUAGUUAAUCUUGAUAGCCUUACUCAACACAUGAUAGUUCACACUGCAGUGAAGUCUUAUGAAGUUUUAAAACAUUUAUUCUUCUUUAGCUUUUAAAACACAUCCGUGCUGCCCAGUCUUCUGUCAGCUUGACACACAAACUAUAGCUGUCUGAAAGGAGGGAACUUCAACUGAGUAAAGACCUGCAUAAGAGCCAGCUUUAACUGUUUUCUAAAUUAGUGAUUGAUGGGAGGGCCCAGCCCAUGGUGAUUGUGGGUGGGGCCAUUCCUGGGUUGGUAGUCCUGGAUCGUAUAGGAAAAGCAGGUUGAGCAAGCCAUGGGGACAAGCUUUCCUCCAUGUGAGAUCUUGUCCUGACUUCCUUCAGUAAUGUGGUGAAUUCCAAACCCUUUUCUCUGCAACGUGCUUUGGUAGUAGUGUUUCUUAGAAGCAAUAGGAUUAAGUAAGGCAACAAUCACUCGGACUACAGACUCCAUCAGUGUGUAGAAUAUGGUAAAACGUUUGUUAACAAUUCAGAUUUUAUCAGUUGGAAAGAAUCCACAGUGAAGACUAUUAUUUUGGAAUGUCAACACAAACAUCUUACUUCCACUAGCACAAAUGCUAAGAAAGUCACCAGAGAACAGUAGAGACGUCUCUUUGCUGUAACCUCCCCACCAGUGUGCUUGAAUCUUGCGUGGACUGAUGAGUUUCUUUCCUCUGUAACUAUAUAUAUUUCAUGAAACUGUUGCCAUGUUGUAACUCAGUCCUUGGGUGCCUGGAAUCUGAUCUGUGGGCUGUGGUGCAGUUUCUGUUGUUUUCCCCGGUGAGGUCAUCCAUACUCUUGAAAUAACUUAUUCCCUGGGUAUAUGAGAGGCUCCAUAAACUCACAUUUCUCACCAAGAUGGAUGUUAGUGAGAUGAUCUACAUUGGAUUUAAUGUAAGCUAAAUGGGCAUUAGUGUUUGUCUCUCCAGGAAAAGCUAACAGACAUUGUUAGUCAUAUUUGGCUUGAGAAUGAAGAAUCUCUUAAUUUCCUUUAAAUUCUAAACAGUGUUUUUCAUAUGACUCCAACAGUCAUGUCAUAGAACUUGGCAGCAUAUUGAAAUAAUAACCAAGCCUUAUGCAUUUACUCAGCAGAAAAGAUGUAUUUGAUUAGUGUGUGUGUGGUGUCAGUUAUGAAAUACUGUAGAUGCAGUUGUUAUUUUACUAUUGAUAUAGAUCCUAAGAAGUGAUCUCACACUGUGUUUAUUAAUUUAUGUGAACAGUUAUAUCAGGGUAAUUAAAACCUAAAAGUUGGCAGUCAUUAACUUCUAAAUGAUUAAAUAUGUCUAAUGUGCCCAAAUUUUAUUUUUAGUCAUGCUGAGUACAAAUGAAAUUAAUUAACAGAUACAAGAUGGGUGGGAGAGACCAAUUUAUAUCUGUCAUUUUGUGGUUUUCUGUAUAUGCUAUUAAGUAAAGUACAUCCUAAAACAA